UCGUGUCCAUUUUGUUGCCAUUGUUAGUUGAGUGUUGUGCCUAUUAUUGUUUCAAGUGAAGGAUAUUUGGAGAAUAUUUAUUUCAAUGAAAGUGAGUAAAAUAAUAUCUCAUUAAGUUUUACGGCUACGCUAUUUCAUUGUUGGAAAAAUUGUGAAUAAUGCUCUACAUCAAUGGGGAGAUAGCAACUCCGAUAAUAGCGGCCCUUGUAAUGGUCUUUAGCUAUUUACGCUUCGAUGUGUUCCAUUCAUUUCACAACCCUGAUCCUGCAAUACUUGGAGAAUAUGACUUCGUGAUUGUUGGAGGCGGAUCUGCUGGACUUGUUCUAGCAAAUCGUUUGACUGAGAUAGCAGAAUUUUCAGUUCUUUUACUGGAAGCUGGAGGAGAAGAGACAGAUAUAUCGGAUGUGCCAAUAAUAGCUGCUUACCUACAGUUGAGUUACUUGGAUUGGAAAUACAAAACACAAAGUCAAGGAACAGCUUGUCUAGGUAUGAAGAAUGGACGUUGCAAUUGGCCAAGAGGGAAGGUUCUGGGAGGUUCAAGUGUUCUCAACUAUAUGUUAUACGUUCGGGGCAACAAGAAAGACUACGAUCUGUGGGAAAGUUUGGGAAAUCCGGGUUGGGGAUCAAAAGACGCUCUCCAUUAUUUCAAAAAAUCAGAGGACAACCAGAAUCCUUACUUGGUACGUACGCCGUAUCACUCUUCAGGAGGAUAUCUGUCUGUUUCCGAAGCUCACUGGCAGAGCCCUCUAGUGCUGUCCUUUCUAGAAGCGGGCCAAGAACUAGGUUACGAUUCGCGAGAUAUCAAUGGUGAAUUCCAGACAGGGUUCAUGAUAGCCCAGGGCACUGUUAGGAAAGGAUCAAGAGGAAGUACUAGUAAAAGCUUCCUUGAUCCUGUAAGAAAGCGUAAAAACUUACACAUUUCAAAGUUUUCACAUGUCACAAAAAUAUUGAUAGAUCCAGCAACAAAGAUAGCUUACGGGGUGGAGUUUGUUAAGAACAAAGUGACACAUGUGGUAAAAGUGAGGAAAGAAGUGAUUUUGUCAGCGGGAGCAAUCAAUUCUCCACAGUUAUUGAUGCUGUCAGGUAUUGGACCUAGAGAUCAUCUCCAAUCAUUGGGCAUAAAGGUCAUACAAGAUUUGAAUGUCGGCAAAAAUCUUCAAGACCAUGUCGGCUUGGGAGGAUUUACAUUUCUAGUCAACCAACCAAUCAGUUUACUGCAGGAACGUUAUGAGAAUAUGCCAGUGAUAUUGAAAUAUGCAAAGGAAGGUUCAGGUCCACUAACAAAUUUGGGUGGCGUGGAGGGUUUAGCAUUUGUCAACACCAAAUAUGCAAACGCGUCAGAUGAUUUUCCUGAUAUAGAAUUCCAUUUCUGUUCGGGGUCCACGAAUUCAGACAACGGCCAAUUAUCGAAAGCACAUGGUAUCACGGAAGAGUUUUACAGUACUGUCUACAAACCUAUCAGAGGGCAAGACGUUUGGUCGGCAAUCCCUGUUCUUUUGAGACCUAGAAGUAAGGGCCUUAUCCGGCUUGAAAGCAGCAAUCCUUUCUCAGAGCCCUUGAUCUACCCCAACUACUUUACAGAUAAUUUUGACGUGAAAACAUUAGUUGAAGGAGUGAAGAUCGUUGUUGCUAUGAGCCAAACUAAAGCAUUCAAAAAGUUUGGAAGUGUUCUGCACAAUAUAGAGUUUCCAGGUUGUACGAACAUACCGAAAUACACGGACGACUAUUGGGAGUGUAUGAUUAGACAGUAUUCAGUUACAAUUUACCAUCCUUGUUGCACUGCCAAGAUGGGACCUCACUAUGAUUCUGAAGCAGUCGUAGAUGCUGAACUCAAAGUUUAUGGCAUCAAAGGACUUCGUGUAAUAGAUGCAUCGAUCAUGCCUAAUUUGGUGAGCGGUAAUACAAACGCACCAGUUAUAAUGAUAGCUGAGAAAGGUGCUGACCUCAUAAAGCAAUACUGGGGAAAAGGAUUGGGAUGAAUUAUUACUAAAGAGCUUGUUUUCAACAGCAUAUCAGUUCCUGUUAGGCUACUAGCUGCACAAAACAUAGAUUGCUUUAAAUUAUUGGUAUAUGCGAUGUAGAACGUGUUGGUAAAACCACGUUUAGUAAAACUUCAGAUUUUGUACAGUCACAGUUUGCUACAUUUAUUCACAGUUCAAUCUACCUGUACACUUGUAAUAUAAUAAUAAUUAUCGUCCUAUUUGUAAAUUGAACUGUUUUGCCAAAGUAUUUGAAAUCAUUCUCUACAAUAGAUUAGACAAUUACAUAUAUUUAGUCAUGUUUGGAAUAGAACUAGUGAGUUUCAACAUGGAUUUGUUCAAAGAAGUAUUAUUAUAAUGAAUAAUUGUGAUUAUUUUCCUAUGGAAGCGAUUUUUUGGAGAACUCCUGUAUGCUUCCAUGUUUUCAUAAAUGAAUAAAUAAAUUGACAGUAUGUCGGUGUGAAAAAAAA